CGAACAUAAGGCAAACCCAAUUAGCCUUCUUCAAACAAACUCCGUCUCCUUCUCCUCUCCACCGUUAAAAGCCUCGCGAUUUGCCUUCUCUCCCCUAUUAGGGUUUUCUUAACAAGGAGGGUGAAAAGAUGUUCAGAAGAGGACCUUCGAGUAAGAGCGACAACACCAAGUUCUACGAGAUCCUUGGCGUUCCCAAGUCCGCUUCGCCAGAAGAUCUCAAGAAGGCUUACAAGAGAGCCGCUAUCAAAAACCAUCCCGACAAGGGUGGAGAUCCUGAGAAGUUCAAGGAGCUAGGUGAGGCUUAUGGAGUUCUUAGUGAUCCAGAGAAGCGUGAGAUCUACGAUCAAUAUGGAGAGGAGGGACUCAAGGAUGGAAUUGAUCGACACGACCCUUUUGAUAUCUUCUCGUCCUUCUUUGGUCGUAAUGAAAGGAGGCAGAGGCGUGGCGAAGAUGUUGUUCACCCUCUGAGGGUAUCCCUGGAGGAUCUUUAUCUCGGAACAACAAAGAAGCUCUCACUUUCUAGGAAUGCUCUGUGCUCAAAGUGUAGCGGAAAGGGUUCAAAGUCUGGAGCUUCGCUGAAAUGUGGUGGGUGUCAAGGAAAGGGAAUGAAGGUCUCGAUCAGGCAGAUUGGACCUGGAAUGAUUCAGCAGAUGCAGCAUGUUUGUCAAGACUGCAAGGGUACAGGAGAGACCAUCAAUGAUCGUGACAGGUGUACACAAUGCAAAGGAGAUAAAGUUAUCCCCGAGAAGAAGGUGCUUGAUGUAGCUGUUGAAAAGGGAAUGCAAAACAGUCAGAAGAUCACAUUCCGCGGACAAGCUGAUGAAGCGCCUGAUACGGUCACUGGAGAUAUAGUACUUGUCAUUCAGCAGAAGGAGCACCCUAAGUUCAAGAGAAAGGGAAAUGAUCUCUUUGUGGAGCACACCCUCUCUCUAACUGAGGCUCUCUGUGGCUUCCAGUUCGUCUUGACGCACUUGGACGCAAGACAGCUUCUCAUCAAAUCCAGCCCUGGGGAGGUUGUGCAGCCAGAUUCAUACAAGGCGAUAAGCGACGAGGGAAUGCCGAUGCACCAGAGGCCGUUCAUGAAGGGCAAGCUUUACAUCCACUUCACGGUCGAGUUCCCGGAGUCGCUUAGCGGAGAUCAGACAAAGGCCUUUGAAGCUGUCUUACCAAAGCCGGCAGAGUUUGCUCUGAGCGACAUGGAGAUAGCCGAGUGCGAAGAGACGACGCUGCACGAGGUGAACAUUGAAGCUGAGAUGAAAAGGAAGGCUCAAGCUAAAAGAGAGGCUUAUGAUGACGAUGAUGAAGAAGAAGGCCCAGGCGGUGGUCACGGUGUUCAAUGUGCUCAGCAGUGAUCCAACAUGCGCAUUUUAGUGAUAUCCAACUUUUGCGUUUUUUUUUGUUAAAAUUUUCUUUACAUGAUUUUUUGGAUCUUCUUAUAGACUUUGCCUAAAUCCUGUUACAAAUUUUAUUAUAUUUUUGGAAUAAACUUUUCUAGUUUUUGAGA